CAAUGUGCUGGAUUUUGUGGGUCUCAUAAUAUCAGAACAAAUAAGGUAGCAUGGCUGUGGCUCAGAUGGUAGAGUUGGUCAUCCAGCGAACGAAGGGUCAGCAGUUUAAAUCCCAGCCCUGACACUCCACUGGAGUGUUCCUGGGUAGGGUAAGUAAGAAACUUUGGUCAGUUGCCUUACCAAAAAUAAGGUCCUAAUUCCUAGCGUAUAAUAAAAGUUAGGCAGCACGGUGAUCGAUGGGUUAGGAAGUUGGCCUCACAGCGCAGAGGUUCAGGGUUCAAUUCUGGCUGCGGCCUUCCUGGGUAGAGUUUGCAUGUUGGAUUGGAUUGGAUAAAAUUUAUUGUCAAAUGUACUGUAUGUGUAAUUUCUUCCCGUGCCUGCGUGGGUUUUCUCCGGGUACUCCAGUUUCCUCCCACAUUCCAAAAACAUGCAUGGCAGGUUAGUGGAACACUCUAAAUUGUUCCUAGGUGUGAGUGUGAAUGGUUGUAUGUCUAUGUGUGCCCUGAGAUUGGCUGGCAACCAGUUCAGGGUGUACUUCACCUACUGCCCAAAGCCAGCAGGUAUAGGCUCCAGCACGCCCGCGAACCUUGAAGAAGACAACUUCUGUGCCCUCCUGUGUGCAGUUUUGCAUCUCCUCUCCGUGGCUGGGUCGGUACACUGGUUUCUUCUCGCAUUCCAAAAACAUGAACGGGACCUGCGGUGCUGGAGCCCAUCCCAGUUGACUUAAGGCGAACGGCAGACUCCAUCCUGAACAGGUUGCCAGGCGUUCCGCAGGGCACAUAUGGAAACAGGUAACCAUUCAGACUGACAUUGACAACGUCACUGAAUGGUAAAUGAAACCAUGCUGCCUGAGGUUGAAGUCAGGCGAAAGUACCACUACAGCUUAAGUGACAUUACACAACAAAAAUGCUGCCAUUUCCUGAUAAUUGUAACUUUAAAUGACAAAUAUUUGUGGAACCAGCAGCAGUACAAUGAGCAAUGAAAUACCUGCUUUGGAUGUCAAAAUAUAGAAAUUUAAGUUCAGGGUGCACCCUGCUUCUUACCAAAAGACAACUAUAAUAGGUUCCAGCAUGCCCAUGACCCUACGAAGGAUCAACUGAUCAGAGGAUGAAUAAAUGGAUGAAACUAAACAAAAAUUAACAGCUGUGAUUGGAAUUUUCCUUACUGCAAGGCUUAAGGAUACAUUUUUAUUUUUUUUAAGCUCUUAUUUUAGUCCCAAGAAGCCAAACGGGGAGUUCUCUGCCUACCUCAAGGAACUUUGAUGAUGUCAUGACUUUAGGUCGCUGUCAGCGACGUGUCACCUUUGCAAUAGAGCUUAUGACUCCAUCUCUAUUAUCACAAGCCGGUAAUGUUAUUUUGAUGUACUAAUUUUAGCCACAUCUCCAAACUACCCGUUGUGUCCCGUCAACAGUCGCCUUCUGUGUCAUAGUAUGUCAUAAAGCUGAAAUUUGCUAUUCUGCAUACACUGUUAUUUAUUUUUCUUAUCUUGACAACUCAACAAAACAUGAUACGCAAAAAGUCAAAAGAAACUUGUAUUUCGAGUAAAUUAAGCCAACAUGUUGAAUCAUGGCAUUUUGAUAACCUGCUAAGGAUCCAGCCAGCCAUAUUCUGUACCGCUUAUCAGUUGGGAUGUUUUCCAUUUUACCUGCAAAGACAUCCGUUAAGGAGCCAUCCAAAGCAUGAGAGGAUCGUACCAAAUCUCCACUUUUUAAAUAAGGAUUGAAGAAUGUCCUGGAUAAACGGGCAACUGUUCAGCAAUGAUUAUUACAGGGAACAUGUUAAAGAUCUGGAAAAUAAAAAGACCAUGUUGCUUGAGCAAAGAAAGCUCGUCAACGAAGAGUUGGCUCAUCUGGACUCUGAGAAUAUCAAGACGGAAACCAAAAAACAAGACAUGCUGGCCCAAGCGCGGGGUCGUCUUCAAUAUUUGAGUUUCAUGAGGGAGACGGCAAAAGAAGACUUGGGGCUUGUUAAUCGUCGACAAAAAGAAGAAAUCCUCAGUGAGCAGAGUAAGAUCUUCAAUUUUAACAUGGUACAGUAUGGACCUCGCACGGAGAACCUGGAAUCGGGGAAAGCUAAGUUUGAGAUGACUCUGCUUGAAUGUCGGUGUAUGGAGAUGGAAACACGCGAUGAAAACAUGAGGACGCAUAUUGCUCAACUUGAGGAAGAAAAUAAAGGCUUACGAAUGCAAGUUGGAGAUAAGGUGACACUUACCGGGACGAAUAACCUUGCCACUCAGGAGUGGGCACAUUUUGGAUAUCAACAUUUCAAUUUGGACGCAAACAAACAAGACCUAACGGGACAAAUUAGAGCUAUUACCGAUCAGGAUGAACACAUUAAGGCCCUCAAAGAUCAGAUUGCAAACCAAAAAACACAAGCUAAAAAUCCUGUGGAAAGUGAGGACACGCUGUGUCGACAGAAUGCUUCCUUUAAAAAUGCUUUGGCUGAGCUUCAAAUACAGAGUAUGAAAAUGAAAAAGCUGGAGACCGAGAACAGUGACUUGAGGUCGCAACUACAAUGGCAUCAAGACACAAAGAAAACUCUGAUUCAGUCCGGCGGUUUGGUGACGGAAAGCUUGCAAGGGGAUGACGGAACUAACAGUGUAAAGAAGGAAGGUGAGAAAGAAGCCCUAAGGGCACAGGUUAAAGCACUCCAGGAAAACAAGAACUGUCUCAACGAUGAGAUUAGAUCCAUGAAAGACGGGUUAGCUCGAGCUCAAUCUCAGAGUGCAAACAUUGAAACGCAGAAUUGUGAAUUGAAGGGACAAGUUAAAGCCCUUAAAGAAAGCACCAGUCAACUACAGGAUAGAGUGAAGUCCCUAAAUGAUCAGGUGGCUCUGCUUCAGUCUCAGAGAGCAAAGAUGGAGACGCAGACUGGCGACUUGAGGGCACAAGUGAAAGGAUUUCAGGAAAACGAGGACAUUUUGAUCAAGCAGAACGAAGCGCUCAAGGAUGAGGUGUCUCAGCUCGAAAUCUGCAACGUGAGGACAGAUAAACAAAACGAAAACCUGCGGAGCCGAGUCAAGACUCUGAAGGAAAACGAGAACAGCCUCAGUGAGAAGAUAGAGACGCUAAUGGCCGACGUGUCCCACUUUAAAUUUCAAAGGGAAAACGAUCAGACCGAGAUUCAUCGUCUGAGGAGAGAACUGCAAACGCUCAGGAGUCAAUUACAAGAUCAAGAGGAACUAUUAAGGAGGAUCGAUGUUGCCGAAUCUCUCAUGGAGAAGGAGUGGGCGGAGAAGGAAAAGCUGAGCGUCAAACUCGGUGAGCUCUGGGACGAGAGUAACUUUGUCAAAAAGCAAAAUGACGCUGUUCGUGUUGAGUUGGAAAAGAACAAAUGUGUUCAGGAACACCAGUGUGAGCAAAUUGCUCAGCUGAGGGCGACUUUACAGGAGUAUAAACUCCAACUGGAGGAGGCUCAAUUUUUACUCUACAGUAAAGAUGACGAGUUAGCGAAGCAAAACAGGAAAAUUGUUUAUCUCAAUGAAGUCACAGAAGAGCUGAACUCUCACGUGAGCAGUUUUAAACAACAAAUGCAUUUUCUUAAAGGCCAGCUGGAACUCAGGCAGAUGGAUGAAAUAUUAACUCAUAAUAUUUGCGGAAGCCUCGCCGAGAUAGCAUCUGAGCAUGGGCCAGUCAGUGAAAACCAAUCGGGUUUGAAGACUGAGAUAAAGGACGUGGGGAUGCAAAUAAAAGACAAUUGCUUGCCUGAGCCGAAAAGGUUUUUAACACACACCUUGGCUUUGCGUGACUCUCCAAGUCUGAAGAUGGAAACAGAAAAUGAAGAACUGAGGACACAAAUAAAAGCUCUUGAAGAAAACGAAUUGGAACUGACAGAGCUGAUCGAGCACCUCAAUGAAAAGCUGGCUCAUCUGGAAUCCUGGGGCGCAAAUGGAGAUGCGGGGGCGCAAGACCAAGCGCUUUGCCAAAACCAGGACGGGCUCGCCGAGCAGAACAACCUGCUCAAUGAAAGGCUCGCCGAUCUCGAAACGGAGAACGGAGAUUUAAGAGUGCAAGUUGAAGAUCUCAAAGAAAACGAGAAACUAAUCAAACAGAGGACAGAGACCCUCAUGGCUGAGCUGGACCAGUACAAAACCGAGCGUAGCCGUCUGAGGUCGGAAGCUCAGACGCUCAGGUCGCAACUGCACGAUCAAAGUGAUCUGCGGGGAAGGAUGGAUCACGCAGAAUCUCAAAUGGAGAAGGACGUGGCCGAGAAGGAAAAGUUGAGUAACAAAUUGCGGGAGCUUGAAGAAAAGGAGAACUGUUUAAAAAAGCAGCACGACAUUGUUCGCGCCGAGAUGGAAGCGCAUAAAUCCGUUCGAGAGCAACAAAACCAACAGAUUGCCCAGUUGAAGGCGGCGUUAAAAGAAAACGAACUGCAGGUCGAGGAGGCCAGAUUUCUCCUCGAUAGCAAAGACGAUGAGUUGGAAAAGCUAAAUGAAGUCACGAAGGAGAUGAAGACUCUCAUUUUGAAUUUGAAGCAAAAAAAUUGCCAUCUUCAAAGGCUGUUAGAACUCAUUCAGACUGCAAAUCGGGAGGACCCCGCGAACAAAUCAGGUGCGGUGGAGCCUGUUGCGGUGCACCUGAAGUCCGCAUCGAGCAGACUUUUUGCUAUUUUCUGUUGGCCUUUUAAAGGACUUUUAAAAGUUUUUAACAUAUCUUCCUUUCGAGGACUUGUCAUCGCGGUUGUGUUCUUUUGUCUAGGUCUGUUGUUUUCAAACGUACUUUCCAUUGAUGAUGACUCUUCAAACAUAUCUGAUGUGUUACACAAAUGCUAGGUCUUUGUAUGACAACAAUUCCUUGUCUUCGGAAAGUGCUGCUUGGGUCAUAUGUGACUUGUUUCACUUUAAAGGGCACUGGAUUUUAGGUUCAUGUGAUGACAAUACUGUUGAGCUUGUUUACUAACUAGUGUCUUGUCAAUGCAUUUUUUUUGUAUAUAACCUGACAAGAAUGUCGAGACUCUUAUGGGGAGCCAUUUUUUUUAUUAAUGUCUUAAAAUUGUUAGUAGAAACCAAAAUGUUUUGAACAAGCUGCUUGCUUUGUAUUAAACAAUUCUUUUGUAAUCAGCCCAAGUUUUUCCUCAAACAUUUUUUAUACAAUUGAAUAGUGACGUUGGUAUGUUUUUCAGAUUCAAAUAAGUGGAGUGAUUGGCCCUGUGGUCGACUGGUUAGCACGUCGGCCUCACGGUGUAGGGUUCGAUUCCGGCCUUCCUGUGUGGAGUUUGCAUGUUCUCCUUGUCCCUGCAUGUUUUUUCUUCAGACAUUCCGAAAACAUGCGUGGCAGGUUAAUGGAACCCUCUAAAUUGUCCCUUGGUAUGAUGGUGAGCACGAAUGGUUGUUUGUCUACGUGUGCCCUGCGAUUGGCUGGCAACCAGUUCAGGGUGUCCCCCACCUACUGCCCGAAGACAGGUGCGAUAGGCUCCAGCACACCCGGCGACCCUUGUAAGGAUAAGCAGAUCAGAAAAUGAAUGGGUAAUUUAAGUGUGAUGCUUAGACAGGGCGGCCAGGUGGUCCAGUCGUUACCGCGUCCACCUCACAGUGCAGAAGUACCAGGUUCAAUUCCAGCUGCGGCAUCCCUUUGUGGAGUUUCCAUGUUCUCCCCGGGCCUGCGUGGGUUUUCUCCGGGUACUCCGUUUACCUCCCACAUUCCAAAAACAUGCAUGGCAACUCUAAUUGCGCCACGGAGAUAAAUAAAGUUUUCUGAAUCUGAAAAUGGCAGGCUGAUUGAACAUUCUAAACUGUCCCUCGGUGUGAGUGUUUGUGCGCGAAUGGUUGUUCGUCUCGUGUGCUCUGCAAUUGGCUCGCAACUGGUUCAGGGUGUUGUCCCCCGCCUACUGCCCAAAGAAGGCCAGAAUAGGCUCCAGCACCCCCGCGACCCUUGUGAGGAGAAGCGGAUCGGAAAAUGGAUGGAUGGAUGCUUAGUUAGACAUGCAUAGAUUGGGUAACAAUUUAAUUGUCCAAAACUGGACAAGGUAUGGGGGGCAAGCAGCAGUCAAACGUUUCAUUUCAAUAAGCACAAUAUUUACCAAGUACACCCUGCAGGGCCUUAAUGACACAAUACUACAAAGUCCUUUUAUCCAUCAGCAGCAACUGUAUUCCUUUUAUCUGGCAUCAUAAAGGUGAUAGCUACCAGCCCACUUUGCAUGUCUUCUAUUAUAUAAAGGAAUACAUCGGAACUCUCAAGAGCACGAAGCAGUCUCAAUUUCUCCAAUUGCCGAUAAGGAUAAGAAUUCAGGACAAGCGAUGAUGGCGUGCGGAAAAGAGCAUCAAUUACCAAAUGACUGUCUGAUGGACCAUUACAAUGAUCUGGAAAAAAAGUCCACACUGACUGAGCGAAAAAGACUCCUCGAUGAGAAGCUGGCUCAUCUCGAAUCCCAGAGUGCCACGAUGGAAAGGGAGAAAAAGGACUUCAGGACUCUACUUAAGGAUAGUCAGGACACACAGCAGAAGAUUUCCCUGAAUGAAGACUUGAGUCAACUUAAUUCUCAGACUCUCACGGGCACAACGGCAGAUGCAGACCUGACCGUCAAAAAUUGCAAUCAGACGAAGGCAGCACUGACCGAAGUGAAUGACCGUAAGAUGAGACUGUUUAAAAUUUGGAGUAUGAAUGUGGAGACUGACAAUGAAAAGUUAAGGAAACAAGUUCAAGUCCUCGAAGAAAACAACGCCUCAUUCACUCAACAAAAUGAGCUCCUCAGUGAAAAAUUGGUUCAUUAUGAAUCCUGGAGUAUGAAGAUGGAAACACACUUGAGCAUGCACAUCAAAUUUCUUCAAGAAAAUGAAGAUAUUCUGAUUAAACAGAACGAGUCCCUCAAGAUGAAAGUGACCGAGCUCGAGAGGUGGGGUGAAAUGACCGAGAAACAAAAUGAAAACCUUCAGGCACGGGUAAGAGUUCUGAAAGAAAAUGAGAACAUCAUGAAUGAGAUGAUUGAGACCCUAAGGGCUAAUUUGACCCACGCUGAAACUCAGAGGGACAAAGACCAGGCCGACAUGUAUUGUAUGAGAACAAAACUUCGGACGGUCAGAUGUCAAUUGCAAGACCAAGAUGAACUAUUGAGCAGGGUCGAUCAUGCCGAAUCCCGCCUGGAGAAGGCAUGCGCAGAAAAUGAAAGUUUAGGCAACAAAGUGCGUGAACUUCAGGAGGAGAAUAAUGUAUUGAAAAAAGAGAAGGACAGAGCUCGAGAAGAACAUUCAUCCCUCUGUGACCAACAGUCUGAACAAAUUGCCCAGCUCAAGGUGGCAGUCAACGACCAUCGGAAUCAACUUGACCAGGUUCAUUUUGUCAUCUCGAGUAAAUGCCAGUUGUUAGCAAUGCAAAAGGGGGAAAUAGAUGAGCUCAACUCUCUCGUGACCAGUUUGAAACAAACAAUACAUGAUCUUCAGAGUCGAGUGGAGCUCAGGCGGAUGGAAAAUAUCCUCCUUGCAGAGACGACACGCAAGGAGCAGGUCGGUGAAAAUCAGGUGGAUUUCAGGGUGGGGAGGAAAGGAACAACAAGGGUGCCAUUGAAAGCUCUUUAUCGAAACAAUGACCCCAAUAUUGAACAAAAAAGGCUUUUAAAGCACACUUUGACUUUGUGUGACUGCCCAAAUCUCAACAUGGAAUCGGAGAAUGAAGAAUUGAGGGCACAGUUGAAGGAACUUCAAGAAAAACAGGUCAAAAUGGCUGUGAUGAACAGUCAUCUAAAAGAAAAGUUGGCCCAUCUUGAAUUUUGGCGUGCCGAGAUGGAGACAAAGAAUGACGAGUUCAAGACAAAAAUAGGGUAUCGUAAAGACACCGAGGAGACAGAGACCGCAAUUUCUGGUUCGUGGCAAUCUGAACCGCACAAUGACACAGAAAACGUCAAAAGUCCUCAAUCGAGGACAGACUCGGAGUCGGCUUUGUUUCACUUGCAAGAUCAGGGCGAUUUGAAGAAGACCCAAGAUCAUGUGGAAAGUCUUGCUGAAGCGCAGGAAAAUGAAAAGUUGAGCAACAGCCAAUGUGAGGCUAACAUUCUAAAAACGAAUGAGGUAGCUAGCGUAAAACUUGGAGCCCAUAAACCUGUUGGAGAUCUGCUGACCAAAAAUAUUACACAACUGAAGACCGGAUUCAAAGAUCACAAGCUCCAAAUUGAGGAGUCUGGAAUUGUCCUCCUCUGUUUUAAGGAUGACUUGUUCACGAUGAAAACCAAAGACAUAAAUCAGAGAGACAAACGUGGAGACGCCGCUCUUUUCAUCACAUUGGGACAAUCAAUUCUUAACUUUCAACACAAGUUGGAACGCAUGGAAGAAAUACUAACGGCAGAUAACAUUUAGCAUCGAAACCCCGUCGACAGAGUGAGCGCAAUCAUCUUUCUGCGCUCGUAAAGAGACAACGGCUGCAAGGUGAGCUAUCUAAUGAUGAGUUGAUGGGUGGAGUUCAAGAUGACGAGAUGCUGCUGAAGAUGCUCACAAAGAGUUUGGACAUCUCACACGUCGUUCAGAUGAUUUAAGGAAAAGUGAUUGCUAACACCCAAAAUUCCAAUAUCAUGGAUCCUCAUUAACCCUGACCAUUAGGACUCCAUUUUAUGGAUAACACCAACUCCAUGACCUUCAAACGGGGUCUAGAAACUGCUGUCAUACACCAACAAAUAAGAUGAAGUACUUUUCAGGAGUUGCUAAGAAACUGCUUGGUGAGGAGAAUUCCACUUCAGCCAUUUUUAUUUCAUACCGUAGACUUUUUUAGCAAGCUCUUAUUUCAUAAUGCAUGCAUUCUGUAACCAGGGAAUAAUUAUCUUGAGGUUUAUCUGGGUUCUUACCAGUCUUGAACUUGUUUUAUAUAUUGUGAUACACUCUCAUGUAUAGAUUUACAAAACAUAUCAUCCAACCAUGUUAAGAUGCAAAACUGUCAUGAACAUUCCAAAUUCACAAUUAAAUGGCAACAGAAACACAUGCAUAUUUUGCUGAAACUACACAAACAAACAGAGGCACGCUUGAUUGGUGGAAACACAUCUGUCUAUAAAUCUGCAGUUUCAGGGUGUGUCCUGUUAUUGUUCAAGAGCUGCUUUGGUCAUUAAUACGAAAGCGAAUGUCAUCACUCAGUCUUUCACUCUGAAGGACUGCACUGUACAAUAUAUGCUGACGGGGUUUCUAACAUAACGCUUACCGUGUUUCUAAAGAUAAAGCUAAGAGAGGAAAAAUCUUAUUACUGUAUCUUUUUAGAUGUAGAAUUUUGAAUUUCAUUGACCAGCAAUACUGCAGUGUGGCAUGUAACCAAACAUGCAGCACAUGACACUUGGGAAUGAAUGAAUCCAAUUUCAUGUAACCAAUAAAAUAAUUUCGAAUGUAAA